AUGUUAUCACCAUUAUUAUCAAGCGAUGACAACGAUGACUCAAAUAUUAAUUCAUUGUAUCAUUUAUGUAAAGAAAAUGAAAUAGAGAAAAUUCAAAAAAUUUUACCAUUUAUUCGCAAUACAAGCAUAAUCAAUAAAAUUCACACAUCAACUGGUUCAACAUGUUUACAUGUAGCAUGUUAUUAUGGACAUCGAGAUGUUGUACAAAUUUUAUUAGAAUAUGGAGCAUUAAAUUCUAUAAGAAAUUUACGACAUGAUUUAACACCUUACGAAGAAGCUUAUACAGAUGAAAUAAAGAAAUUAUUUCUAGAAUAUCAAAAUUUAUUCUCAAAUAAUGAUUAUAAUUGUAUUGAAUGGUCAAUGGUAGGUAAUGAUCUACUUGGAAAACGACGCGAAUUUCAUCGAGCUAUUGACUUAUACAAAACAUAUAACAAUCAUUUAGUGUCAAAAUUAUUAGCUGAAGUUAUUCAUUAUUAUUUGAAGGAAUAUUUAACAAAUCAAUGUAAUAAUAUCAAUAAUUCGAAAGAUAAAAUUACUUCUAAACAAAUUGAAGUUAUUGAAGCAUAUUUUAAAGAAGCGAUAGAAAAACAAGAUUAUUUAACAUAUUUUAUAAAAGCUUAUACAUUAACAGAUUUUUUUUAUAAAGUAUUAAAUAAACAUUUGGCUUUGUAUGUAUUAGACUAUUUUGAUAAAACAAAAGAUUUUUCAUCAAAUUAUCGCCUUGUAAAUUGCCUAAUUCACAUUGUUACCCUUAUUAUUUAUAAUCCAAAUUUACCUAAAUAUCGAUAUAAAGGCAUAUGUUAUCGUGGUAUGAGAAUAACAAAAAAUGAUUUGGAUCAAUAUAAAUUAAAUCAACAUAUAUUAAAUCGUGCAUUUUUAUCGGCAUCUAUUGAUCAUGAAGUAGCUAAAAUGUUUGCUGGUGAUGGUCAACAAUCUAAAAUGAGACAUACUCCUAAUGAUGAUAGUAUAUUACAAUAUUCAUGUUUAUGUCAAUAUUUAAUCAAACAAAAUUCAACAGCUAUCAAUAUAGAAAGUUUAUCAACGAGACCGGACGAAAAAGAAAUUUUAAUUAUUCCAUUUUCUGUUUUUAAAGUAACAUCAAUUAAACGAAAUUAUCUUGAUAAUCCAACAGCAUCAAUUUCAAUUGAAAUUGAAUUAGAAGAAUGUGAAGAUCCAAUUGAUAAUAAAAAUGAGUCAGAAAGUAAUAAUACGUCAAGACAAUCAUCAUUUUCAUCAGCUGAUGAUGAUAUAAAAAAUGUUGAAGAAUAUGAAAAAUAUAAACAGCGAAAAUGUCUUCUUUAUAGUAUCAUUGGACUUUUGGGUUCUACGAAACAUUCGACAACGCUCCCACUAGAUGUCGAUUCUCCAUUACCACCAGGUUGUCCCAAUAUAUUAAAUCGAUCAAGUUGGAAUGCACGUCCUUAUGGAAUCCGUAAUAAUUUAACAACAUAUCCGGUUAAACAUAUUGUUGUACACGAAUUAGCAGGUUUAAAUUCAACUAUGGAUCAACGAGAUUGUAUCAAAUACAUAAAAGAAUAUCAAAAUUAUGAAAUGGAUAACCGAAGCUAUGUAGAUAUUGGUUAUCAUUUUCUCAUAUGUCAUGAUAAUGAUGAUCAACAAAAAAUAUAUACAGGUAGAGGAUGGAAAUAUAUGGGUGCACAUUGUAUAGCUUAUAAUCAAAGAUCAUUGGGUAUUGGUGUUAUCGGCAACUAUACCAAUAAGAAAUCAUUGGAUACAUUUAAAUCAUUAAUUCAAUGUGGUAUCACAAAGAAUGACAUUAUAAAAAAUUUUACUUUAGUUGGACAUAAACAUACACCAGAGAUUUAUCGAUAUUAUUUGAAAUAUUUUCAAAAUGAUACCGAUCUUCGAUAUGAUAAUCAAGCGAACCGUACAGAAGUUUUUUGUCAAUAG